AGAUCAUUGCUGCCUAUUUCAUCCGGUAGACUUAAUUUAGCAUUUCUCUGCCAAUCCAGUGAAGUAUGAAUAUUUUACUUCUUUUAGUGUUAUCUUUGUCAGGGUGUCCUUUGGAGGUAAGCCCCCAAAACCCUGUACAGAUUCGGUCUGAGAACUCUCUAGUGUUGGUGGCAUCAGGACGUGAGGUCAUCUUCACAGUACAGACUGUACCUGAUGUUCUUGCCAUCACAUGGACCUCUCCUGGAGGAGAGAGUCUGGGCCUGUGGACUAAUGGCCAGUCUGUUCUGAACCAGAUCGCCCAGUACCAGGAUAGAGUCACCUUGACGGGGACUCAACUCAGGAUCAGUGCUAGCCAAAUCAGUGAUGCUGGAAACUACACUGUUACCUUUUAUCCAGCUAGCACCUCUGGACUUAGCGUCAGCUCACUCUCAGUUGCGCUAAAUGUCUUUGAUGCCGUGGCUGGAGUGAGUCUCGAUGUGCCAAGUGGAGUUAUAGAAGAAAAAAAUGUGUCAAUUCAGUGUAACUGGACUCGAGGCCAAAAAGCCACUGUGGUUUGGAGUAAAGGAGGCUCAGUUUUGUCCUCAAACUCCCAUGCCAACAUUAGUCGGGGCUCUCUGUUCAUCAGUCCAGUGAGGAGGGAGGAUGCGGGUGAAUACACCUGCACUGUGAGCAACCCAGUCAGCCAACAGGAGUCUGUGGCCAGCCUGGUUGUGCAUUCAAUAAACCAGAGCCCAGUACAGAUUCGGUUUGAGAACUCUCCAGUGUUGGUGGCAUCAGGUCGUGAGGCCAUCUUCACAGUACAGACUGCAUCUGAUAUUCUUGCCAUCACAUGGACCUCUCCUGGAGGAGAUAGUCUGGGCCUGUGGACUAAUGGCCAGUCUGUUCUGAACCAGAUCGCCCAGUACCAGGACAGAGUCACCUUGACUGGAACUCAACUCCGGAUCAGUGAUAGCCAAUUCAGUGAUGCUGGAAACUACACUGUUACCGUUUAUCCAAAUAGCACCUCAGGGCUUCGUGUCAGUUCAUUCUCAGUUGCCCUAAAGGUGUUUGAUGCUGUGUCUGGAGUGAGGCUUUAUGUGCCCACUGGAGUUGUGGAAGAAAGAAAUGUGUCAUUGCAGUGCAACUGGAUCGAAGGCGAAGAGACCACUGUGGCCUGGAGAAAAGGAGGCUCAGUUUUGUCCUCAAAUUCCCGCAUCAACAUCAGUGAGGGCUCCCUGUUCAUCCACCCAGUCAGGAGGGAAGAUGCAGGUGAUUACACCUGCAUUGUGACCAACCCUGUCAGUGAAAAGGAGUCUACGGCCAGCCUGAUCGUGCACACAAUGUUGCAGAACCCAGUACCGAUUAACUCUGAGGACUCCACAGUGCUGGCUGCAUCAGGUCGUGAGGUCAUCUUCACAGUGCAGACUGUUCCUAAUAUUUUUGCCAUUACAUGGACCUCUCCUGGAAGAGAUAUUCUUGGGAUAUGGAGUAAUGGCCAGUCUGUUCUAAACCAGAUCGCCCAGUACCAGGACCGAGUCACCUUGACGGGGACUCAACUCAGGAUCAGAGCUAGUCAAAUCAGUGAUGCUGGAAACUACACUGUUACCGUUUAUCCAACUAACACCUCAGGGCUUGGCAUCAACUCACUCUCAGUUGAGCUUAAGGUGUAUGAUGUCUUGGCUGGUGUGCAUCUUGAUGUGCCCACUGGAGUUAUAGAAGAAACCAAUGUGUCACUGCAAUGCAGCUGGACUGAAGGCCAAGAGACCACUGUGGAUUGGAGUAAAGGAGGCUCGGCCUUGUUUACACACUCUCACAUCAGCAUUAGUCGGGGCUCCCUGUUCAUCAGUCCAGUGAGGAGGGAGGAUGCGGGUGAAUACACCUGCACUGUAAACAACCCUGUCAGUCGACAGCAGUCUGUGGCCAGCCUUGUUGUGCACACAAUGUUCCUGGAUCCAGUACAUAUUCAGUUUGAGGACUCCACAGUGCUGGUUGCGUCAGGUCGUGAGGCCGUCUUCACUCUACAGCUUGUGCCUGAUAUUCUUGCCAUUAAAUGGACCUCUCCUGGAGGAGAUAGUCUGGGACUGUGGUCUAACAGUCAGUCGGUUCAGAACCAGAUUGCCCAGUACCAGGACCGAGUCACCGUGACAGCAACUGAACUCAGGAUCAGUGCUAGCCAAAUCAGUGAUGCCGGAAACUACACUGUUACUGUUUAUCCUGCUAGCGUCUCUGGGUUUAGCAUCAGCUCACUCUCAGUUGAGCUAAAGGUGUUUGAUGUGGUGGCUGGAGUGAGACUGUCUGGGCCAGUUGGAGUUAUAGAAGAUAAAAAUGUGUCACUCCAAUGCAACUGGACUAAAGGUCUGGAGACCACUGUGACUUGGAAGAAAGGAGGCUCAGUCUUGUUUUCAAACUCCCGUGUCACCAUUAUUGAAGGUUCUCUGUUCAUCAGUCCAGUCAGGAGGGAGGAUGCGGAUGAAUACACCUGCAUUGUGAGCAACCCUGUCAGUCAACAGGAGUCUACGGCCAGCCUUGUUGUGUAUUCAAUGUUGCAGAACCCUGUACAGAUUCGGUCUGAGAACUCUCCAGUGUUGGUGGCAUCAGGUCGUGAGGUCAUCUUCACAGUACAGACUGUACCUGAUAUUCUUGCCAUCACAUGGACCUCUCCUGGAGGAGAGAGUCUGGGCCUGUGGACUAAUGGCCAGUCUGUUCUGAACCAGAUCGCCCAGUACCAGGACAGAGUCACCUUGACUGGGACUCAACUCAGGAUCAGUGCUAGUCAAAUCAGUGAUGCUGGAAACUACACUGUUACCGUUUAUCCAGCUAGCACCUCUGGGCUUAGCGUCAGCUCACUCUCAGUUGUGCUUAAAUGUCUUUGGUAA